CCACAAAACCACAAGAGCCGCGUUCAACGCCCUCUCUUUCGUGCAGCACUGUAGUGUUGCCGAAAGCUAAAGCUAAAACUCCACCCAACACUACCCCUGAUCAUCCCCUUUCUCUACCUAUAGAAACGACGACGUACCGGUCAAACAACACGCACUUCUCUCCUGCAUUUCUGUCUCUGUGAAAUGAUACCCUGUAGGUUGUACGAUUCAACAGCUACUCAAAUUGGGAAACCUAGGGUUUGUUAAUUUGUUUCCAUAAUUGGUCAUCAUGAACUGACUUAUAAGUUUUGAGCUUAAUUCGGUUGAUUCGUUAACUCGAUGGAAGUUCGAAAUUCGGAAGCUGAGAGUCAUAGCUCUGACCAGAGUCAACCGAUUCAGGAAACGGAAGGCGAUGAUGGGUCGAAGAUGGCUGGAGGUCCGGUCGAUGUUGUUGGUGCUGUCGAAUGUGCCGAUGAAGGUGGGGGAGUGGAGGUUGAGUUAGGUAAUGGAAGCGGGGGAGCUGAAUUGGUGAAGAAGAAGCGAGGCCGGCCACCUAGGGCUCAGGCGAAAUCGCCGCCUACUAAGAUGAAUAAAGAAGUGGACGAAGAUGUUUGCUUUAUCUGCUUCGAUGGUGGGAGUCUCGUGCUCUGCGAUCGCCGAGGAUGCCCGAAGGCAUACCAUCCGGCUUGUGUCAAGCGUGAUGAAGCAUUUUUUCAAUCCAAAGCUAGAUGGAAUUGUGGUUGGCAUAUAUGUAGUAUAUGCCAGAAGGCAGCCCAUAAUAUGUGCUAUACUUGUACAUAUUCAUUGUGCAAAGGAUGCAUUAAAAAAGCUGAUUAUGUAUGUGUCAGAGGUGAUAAAGGCUUUUGCACAGUUUGCAUGAAAACAAUCAUGCUGAUUGAAAACAAUGGACAAGAAAAGGAUGAGAAGGCUCAGGUGGAUUUUGAUGACAAAACUAGUUGGGAGUAUCUUUUCAAGGUGUAUUGGAUCUAUUUAAAAGGGAAAUUAUCUUUGACUCUUGAUGAGCUUACUCAAGCUACAAAUCCAUGGAAACGAGCUAAUACAACAACCCCUUUAGUUAUCCCAUCAACAUGUGUACACAAUGGGGACAAUGAUCUUAAAAGCAUUAAACCAGAGAUUUCCCCUCAAAACCUUGAGACAAGUGAAUCUAAAAGACAAAAGACAGAUGAACACAUCCAAAAGGAAACUGUAAUUACGAAAAAACCGGGUGCUAACGAAAGCAAGGAAUGGGCAACUAAAGAGCUAUUAGAUUUUGUUGCACAUAUGAAGAAUGGUGAUACAUCAUUGUUAUCUCAGUUUGAUGUUCAAGAACUUAUGUUAGAGUACAUAAAAAGAAAUAAUCUGCGGGACCCACGAAAGAAAAGUCAAAUAAUAUGCGAUUCAAGGCUAAAGAUUCUUUUCGGGAAACCGCGUGUUGGUCAUUUUGAAAUGUUAAAGCUUUUGGAGUUUCAUUUUUUCAUAAAUGAAGAUCUCCCAAAGAACACAAUCAAGAAUAUUGGAAGACAAGUUGACCCUGAUUGGAAUCUUGAAAAUAUGGUGACAUUGGGUAAAGAUAAGAAAAGGAGAAAUCACAAGAAGAGCGAAGACCGGGUCCCACAAAAUAAUUUGGAUGAAUAUGCUGCCAUUGAUGUCCAUAAUAUGAACUUAAUAUACCUUCGCCGUAAAUUGAUGGAGAAUCUUAUUGACAAUAGUGAAGAGUUUCGUGUAAAAGUUGUUGGAUCAAUUGUGAGAAUAAGAAUAUCUGGUAGUGAUCAGAAGUAUGAUAUGUACAGACUUGUCCAAGUUGUAGGUACAAGUAAGGCAGAUGCACCAUAUAAGAUUGGCAAUAAAUCUGUAGAUAUUUUGCUUGAAGUAUUAAAUUUAGACAAGAAGGAGACUGUAUCAAUUGAUACAAUUUCAAAUCAAGAUCUGUCUGAGGAUGAAUGCAGACGUUUGCGGCAAAGUGUAAGAUGUGGGCUUGUGAAGCGGUUUACUGUAGGUGACAUACAGGACAAGGCAGUGUCCCUCCAAUCUGCAAGGCUCAAUGAUUUGAUGGAAGCAGAGGCAUUGCGGCUCAAUAAUCUUCGUGAUCGAGCAAAAUAUGUGGAGAAACUUCAACUUCUAAAAACACCCGAAGAACGUGAACGCAGAUUAAGGGAAAUUCCUGAGGUUCAUUCUGAUCCAAAAAUGAAUCCUGAUUAUGAAACUGAUGACACUGAGGAACAUAUCAACAACGAACAUGUACAACAGCUGAAGCCGAAGCAUUCCACAAUUAAUCACAAGAACACAAACUCUCCUAAAAAACAACCUGAGUUUAUAAAUAAUGUCAGUAGUAGCCCAUUGAAAAACAAGCCACUAAGGCACCUAACCAUUAAACCCGAACAGGGUUCGACCCAUGGGUCAAGUGGUUCGGUUAGACCACAAACCAAGGUCACGUCCAACGGUUCAACCAUCACCAACCGGACCCACGCCACGUCAUCAUCACUCAACACACCAACUUCCAUUGAUGGUGAUAUGGAGAAAGUAUGGCAUUAUCGUGACCCAAGUGGAAAAAUUCAAGGACCAUUUUGUAAAAUACAAUUACAGAAAUGGAGUACGACUGGUUACUUUCCGGUUGAUAUGAGGAUAUGGAUGAAAAACGAGGAAGAGUCUUUACUCUUGAAUGAAGUGUUAUUAAAAGAGGAAUCGCAAAUUCCGACGGAGAAAGUCGGAAUCGGAAUCGAGGGUCUCACGGUCCGUAUUCCAAUUCCAUCAUCCACCGUUCAGAUUCCGAAGUCAAUACAACCCGAUCUCGCUAGCCCUACACCAAUCGAAAACAAUUCCACGGAUAAAGUCGGAAUUGGAAUUGAGAGUCUCACGGUUCGUAUUCAGAUUCCAUCAGCCGCCGUAAAGUCAUCAGGACCCGUUCUCGCUAGUCCUACACCGGUGGAAAAGGAAAACAAUUCCGUUGUCAAACAUGUUUCUACGGUUUACGAUAGUUCAAAUGUCGGCCUGGUGGAUUUACCGAGUCCGACUCCGAAGACGAGAAACGAAGACGAAAAAGUGGCCGGAAUCGGAAUCAGAAUCGGAAUCGGAAUCCCGGUUCAAGAUGCUGGGAACCGGAAUCCCGCUAAUUGGAGUAAUGGUGGUGGAGCGGAAGUUCCGAAAACGGGCAGCGAAUGGAGCGGGUAUUCUCCUACUUCCGGCGGUGGAUCGGUGGCGGAAGUGGGCGCCGGCGGUGAUCAUGGUGGUUUGCCUUUGCCAUUGACGCCAUGGCAAGGUGUCCGUGAGACGAUUGAGUUUAGUACAUUGGCGGAGGAAUCAGUUUCCGAUUUGUUAGCGGAAGUUGAUGCAAUGGAAUCACAAAAUGGUUUCCCUUCACCUACUUCAAGAAGGAACAAUUUUGUUGAGGAUUUGUUCAAUGGAUCCUUUGAAGAUUUCAGUCCCACCCCUAGAACAGAUACACAGCUACCUUUCCAGUCCUCCACCACCACCACCACCGCCGCCGCCACCGCCAGUUUACAACCUCUGCCUUUCAAAUGGCCCGACAUACCGGAACAAACCGUAUCCAAAAACACAAUAGAUUUAAAUAAUUCCACGAAAGUUGAAGCUAACGAGAGCCGGAAACCAUCACCAUCACCACCGCCACCACCACCACAACCAUCACCACCACCGCCACAACCAAGACCGGGUCAAGAAAUGGCGACCCGGGUCAACCCGUAUAUGAACGUGGGGUGGGACCCACACCAACGAAUGUAUAGUCCGAGGGAAAGAAGUUAUAAGGUUGAGGAUAUGGGGUAUAAUAGGAAUGGGAAGCCGGCUUGGGGGCGGCAGGGGUCGUUUGGUGGCGGCAGUGGUGGUGGUUAUCAGAGACCGCCGCCAAAAGGGAAGCGGGUUUGUAAGUUUUAUGAAAGCGGGCGGUGUAAUAAGGGAGCUUCGUGCAACUAUUGGCACCCGUGAGGUGGUUUUGGAGGCAUUUUAUUUAUAUUGUUGAUCAUUAAUUAUGUAUAACCCAUAUAUAUUAAAUAUAAUAUAAAUGUAUAAAGGAUGUGUCUGCUACGAUAUGUAGUUGUAGUAGG